GUUAAACACUACAGCAGUAGGAGCAGUCGGAUCAUGUCUCCAGCCUGGGAACACUCUACUGCGAUGGGUUCUGAGGAACGCUGAAACACUCUUUUACUCUAUUCUGCUUCUGAUCUGAAGGGUAUUUAUGAAUGUUCAUGGCUGAGCUUGUUUGUGCUUCUACAUUAUGAUUAUAGUUUGACUAGUGACGUCAUGGGUCAGACAGAGAGCAUCGAUGAUGAGGAAAUUACUCUUCAAGACAUUCAGGAGCUCUACCGCAAAUUUGCCUUUGAAUGCCCAAGUGGAAACCUCCACCUGCACGAGUUCAAGCGGAUCUUCGGUGUGAACUGCACCUCCAGGGCGGAGGAGGCCUCCUACAUGGAGAACGUGUUCCGGUCCUUCGACACCAACCAGGACAACAAGAUCGACUUCAUGGAGUACGUAGCGGCCAUCCACCUGGUCCUCCGAGGGAAGCUGGAGGACAAGCUCAAGUGGUCCUUCAAGGUGUAUGACAGCGAUGGCAAUGGCUGUCUGGACAGGAGGGAAGUGAAGCAUGUGCUGACAAUUAUCUACAUGCUGAAGAAGCACAAUAACCCCGCUCCCCAAGCCAAGGUGGAGGACAUCUGUGACCGGAUAUUUGAACUGGUCGAUGUCAACAAUGAUGAGCGGAUCUCUCUAGAGGAGUUCAUGGAGGGAGCGCAGAAGGACCCGUGGGUCAUGGAGCAGCUCAAACUGGACAUUACGCCGUGUGGCUGGUUCCUGAACAGCAAGACGAGGUCCUGACUCUACAGGGUUAACCGCCGUCACCUCCACCUGGAAUCUUUACUCUUUGGAUUCUUUUUGGCCAGGGGGGACAGACCCUUUGGGGGAUACAAACAAGGCCUGGCAGCGACGUCUCAGUCACACAAGGCAAAGACAAAGACACAGAACAACCCAACAAUGGAUGAUGAAGAAUGAUGUCCAUGUGUUCAGCUUGGAAUGAGGAGAGAGAAACCUGUCUACGUUUCCAUGCAAUAAUCAGAAUGCCAAUCAGCAUGGAAAUGUUUUACACAAUAUCUCUGGGAGCCGCAGUCUAGACCAGAAAUGGGCUUUAAUAAAAAACAUUUAUGCUAGGGCCGGAUCUUUCACGCCUCAUAUUGUUUUGCUUUAUCUGGGAAUUGAAAAGGUAAAAAUAUGCAAUGAGUUAUUCUUACCAUCUUUAUCUCCAUGUAAACCUGGAUGAAUUUGGAGUUGCAUUGCAGUGUUUAAUGACUUCAUUUUACAGAAAACGAAUGGAAAGAAUAGAAGAGACACAAGUUAUUGUUGAUAUUGUUUUGAUCCAAACUUUUUUAAAUUGUCAUUAUCAUUCAUUCAUUCCCAAAUAGAUGUAUCUAGGACAGGAGGACAUGGUUUAAUUAGAUAAGCAGAUUGGUGUCGAUGGAUGAGAACGAUAAUGGGAAUUAAAGCGAGAAUAAUAGUAGAAACCAUUACAUUCUCCUGAAGGAAGGCUCACACGAUUUUGUGAUUGUCUGUGUGGGCAUGUGUGUGUGUGUGUGUGUGUGUGUGUGUGUGUGUGUGUGUGUGUGUGUGUGU